CCUCCUUCAAAUCCGUCCCCAAUUCCUACCGAGUUCAGAGCUUGCGCGGCUGCCCGCAAGGGUCCUUACUGGGAGGAAAGCUGAAGGCAGCAAGGGCAGGGAAGCUCUCUGAUCUCGCUCCAGGGACGAACAUCAGAUGACAGCUCCAGCACACCGAGGGAGGGGAACCCCGCUCGCCCUUGGCCGCUAGAGACAGCAGAGCUGAACCCAGCUUCAGCUUCCCCGAAAGGUCAGGCGCCGCGCAGCAGCGGCCGGAGCGAGGGAGCAGCUCUCCGGACAUCCCCGCGCAAAGCAGCCGAGCCCCAGCGCGAAACCUUGGGCGAAAAGUUACCACUCGUCUUCCCCCCGCAUUCACUUAACCUGGAAAGAAGAAGCCCGCGAGGACCAAGGAGAGCUCUGCGCUUGUAGCUGAAGAUGCUGCUGCUGCUCCCGCUGUGGCUGCUGCUGCCGGAGUUGGCCCUCCUGGUGCCGGCUCAGAAGUUUUCAGCGCUCACGUUUUUAAGAGUGGAACAAGACAAAGACAAAGAAUGUACUCUGGAAUGCACAGGUUCCCCUCAGAAGUCCUUGUGUGCAUCUGAUGGCAGGACUUUCUUGUCUCGAUGUGAAUUUCUACGGGCAAAAUGCAAAGACCCUCAGCUAGACAUUGCCUACAGGGGAAACUGCAAAGAUGUCUCACGAUGUGUGGCAGAGAGGAAAUAUACCCAGGAACAAGCACGGAAGGAGUUCCAGCAAGUAUUCAUCCCAGAAUGCAACGAUGAUGGGACUUACAGCCAGGUUCAGUGCCACAGUUACACAGGCUACUGUUGGUGUGUCACCCCUAAUGGUCGUCCGAUCAGUGGUACAGCUGUAUCGCAUAAAACUCCACGUUGCCCAGGGUCUCUAAAUGAGAAGCUGCCACAGCGUGAAGGUACAGGAAAAACAGAUGAUGCCUCAGCUCCUGCACUGGAGCCUCAGCCCCAAGGAGAUGAAGAAGAUAUAGCUUCUCGCUACCCUACAUUAUGGACUGAGCAAGUAAAGAGCAGACAAAAUAAGACCAAUAAAAAUUCUGCAGCGUCAUGUGAUCAAGAGCUCCAGUCAGCAUUAGAAGAAGCUAAACAGCCCCAGAAAGAUAAUGUAUUCAUUCCAGAGUGUGCUAAUGGUGGGCUUUAUAAACCAGUACAGUGCCAUCCCUCCACAGGAUAUUGCUGGUGUGUCCUUGUUGAUACAGGACGCCCUAUUCCUGGUACAUCCACAAGAUAUGAACAGCCAAAGUGUGAUAACAGUGCUAGAGCUCACCCAAGCAAUACAAGAGACGUGUUCAAAGGGCGCCCAUUGCAAGGUUGUCCUGGUGCCAAAAAGAAUGAAUUUCUGACCAGUGUCCUAGAUGCACUUUCCACAGAUAUGGUGCAUGCUGUUUCUGAUCCUGCAGUAUCUUCCAGCAGGCUUUCAGAACCAGAUCCAAACCAUACCCUGGAGGAAAGAGUUGUUCAUUGGUAUUUUAAACAACUGGAUAAAAAUGCUAGUGGCGACAUCGGCAAAAAAGAAAUCAAACCUUUUAAGAAAUUGUUGAGGAAAAAAUCCAAGCCCAAAAAAUGUGUGAAAAAGUUUGUGGAAUACUGUGAUGUGAACAAUGACAAAUCUUUGACAGUUCCAGAAUUAAUGGGUUGUCUGGGUGUAACAAAAGAAGACAAUAAAGCAGAUACAAAGAAACGUCAUACAAUUCCAAGAAGACAUGCUGAAAGUACUCCUUCUAAUAGGCAGCAAUCCUCAAAGAAGCAAGGUUGAAGACUUCAUAUCCAAGGCAGAUCUCUCGGAUGUGUGGGAGAUUUCCCUCACCAAAGGUCAAUAAAGAGCAACCAUAGUAUUUGCACUUUGUACUUUAAAUGUAAAUUCACUUUGUAGAAAUGAGAUAUUUAAACAGACAUUUUUUUAAAAAAAAAAUCUGUGAAAAUGUAGUACCAGCUUAUUUUAAACAAUUACCACAUACAAUGUAUGUGCCUUUUUGUUGUUGUCUGAAAUCUGUUUCUUGGAGAUGUAAAAGUUUGCAUUUAAUCUGCUUGAAAAAGAAUAAUGUUCUGUCUUGUAGAACUAGCCUUAUGGUAUGUAUGUUUGUAUGUGUGUGUGUUUGUGUGUGAAUACAUACAUACACAUAUACUAAUUUUCAGUAGAAUUGCUUAUUUUAAUGUAAUGGUUAAUAUUAUUGAACCAGCUUGAUUUGAAGUCUACUGAGCUACAUAAUCUAUGCUUGAGGUUGCAUGUUCUUAAAGCUCAUAAAAGAUUAAAAAGUGUUGGUGAUUUAUGCACCUUACAUAAGAACAUAGAUUUUAGAAAGAGUUUAGGGUGCUUUUGUUGAAAAGAUGAAUACUUUUUCUCAAAAAUACAGUUGUACAGCUAGACUGCAACCACGCUGGUUUGAAAAAAAAAAACCACUUUUGUCUUCUUGAAUUUCCUAUAAUUUCUAGAGGGCAGGAGUAUAUGUUUAUUUUAGUUUCUAUCAUUUUGUUUUGGGAUGGUUUAAUCAGCCAGUAAAGGGAAAGAAAGUUCAUUCUGUCACUCAGAGCUGAUUCUGUUAAGCCGCAGAAUAGCAGCAAAAGGAUGCAAUUGUUCAGCAUUGUCGUUGUAAUUGUAAGGAGACAAAGAAACUAAAACAGGUUUGUCCAUCUUUGCUGCUUCUUACACCUGGAUAGGCUAAGAUAUGAGAUUUAGGAGCCCCAGGUCUUAUGAAGUUAAACCCAUAAAUUGGACAAAUUAUAUACAGGUAUGGUAAGGAGAUGAAAUUAGGCCAAGCUCUCCCUUGGGGCACCUUUCUUGCCAUCUGGGAGAUGAUCAUACAAGUUUUCAUACCUUUCCUUCCGAUCUGAUAGAGGUAGGAUUUUUCAGUUCAUUUCUAUAAUGCCUUAAACCAGUGGGUCUCAACCUUCCUAAUGCCACGGCCCUUUAAUAUAGUUCCUCAUGCUAUGCAUAAAAUUA